AUGUCACCACCGCAGCCCGUGGACGUUGCCUCCUUCGCCCGAACCCAGCUGGCCCUCCUCGAGCAGGAGCUCCAAUCCGAAGUCCAGGAAACCAGCUCCCUCAUCUCCAACCACAGCCCUACCGCCCUCCAGCGCGCAGGACUCGCCAUCACCGGCCUGACGCUCUCCUCGCAGCGCACGGGUCUCGGCGGCAAGACCGUCCUGGAGCUCAGCCCGGAUGCCGCCACCUCCGCCACGGGGGACCUGCCCGAGCAUGGGAUCCGCACCGGCGACAUUGUCCUCGUGGCCGAGCAGCCCGCCGGCAGCGCCAGGAAGAGAGAGGUCCAGGACCUCGAGAGGAAGGGCGCCCGCGGGGUCGUGACGCGCGUGCAAAAGACCGCCGUCGGCGUCGCGCUGGACGAGGGCACGGGGGAGGAUGUCUCGUUCAGCGGCCGCGUGUGGAUCGUCAAGUUGGCGGAUGAGGUCACUUUUAAGCGAAUGAAGCUCAUGAUGGAGAGGCUGGAGAAGAUGGACGAGUCAGAGUACACCAGCUUCAUACGCGUUCUCUUCGGUCUGUCCAGUCCAUCCCCCGUCUCCACGGAUCUGAAGACGGACCCCGAUGUGGCGUGGCUGGACCCGACGCUCAACGAGUCACAGAAGGAUGCGAUUCGAUUUGCCCUGGCCUCGCGCGAGGUAGCUUUGAUCCAUGGCCCUCCGGGUACCGGCAAAACCCAUACACUCAUCGAGCUGAUUCUUCAAAUGGUCAAGCAAGGGCAGCGCAUCCUGGUCUGCGGACCCUCCAAUAUCUCCGUCGACAACAUCGUCGAGCGUCUCUCCCCCCACAAAGUCCCCAUCCUCCGCCUCGGCCACCCAGCGCGGCUACUACCGACGGUCCUGAACCACUCCCUAGACGUGCUCACCCAGACAUCCGACGCCGGCGUCAUCGUCAAGGACGUCCGCGCCGAGAUGGACGCCAAGCAGGCCUCCAUCAAGAAGACAAAGAGCGGCAAGGAGCGCAAGGCCAUCUAUGGUGACCUCAAAGAGCUUCGCAAAGAGUUUCGCACCCGAGAGAGGAGCUGCGUGAGCAAUCUCGUCAGCGGCAGCAAGGUCGUCCUCGCCACGCUGCACGGCGCCGGGGGUUCGCAGCUGCGGAACGCGCAGUUUGACGUGGUCAUCAUCGACGAGGCAAGCCAGGCUCUCGAGGCCCAGUGCUGGGUGCCCCUUCUCGCUGCGAAAAAGGUUGUCUGCGCCGGUGAUCACCUCCAGCUCCCGCCAACCAUCAAGUCCCUCAACUCGAAACACAACAAGAGCAAAGCAAAGGUGUCUGCCCAAGGCAUGACGUUGGAGACGACGCUGUUUGACCGGCUGCUGGCCCUGCAUGGCCCCGCGAUCAAGCGUAUGCUCACAACACAGUACCGUAUGCAUGAGCGGAUCAUGCGGUUCCCCUCGGAUGAGUUGUACGAGUCAAAACUUAUGGCCGCCGACGCCGUCAAGGCGCGGCUCCUGCGUGAUCUGGACUACGAUGUACAGGAUGGGGAGGAUACCAAUGAGCCCCUGAUCUUCAUCGACACGCAGGGUGGUGAUUUCCCCGAGCGGGCGGAGGAGGAUGACCCGGAGAAUCCCAGAAAAGGCAAAAGCGCACUGCACGGCGACAGCAAGAGCAACGAGAUGGAGGCGGCGCUGGUACGGCAGCAUGUCGCGGCGUUGACGUCGGCGGGCGUCCGAGCCGAGGACAUUGCGGUGGUCACCCCGUACAAUGCACAGCUCGCUGUACUGGCACCCCUGAAGGAACGCUUCCCCGGUAUCGAGCUCGGCAGCGUGGACGGUUUCCAAGGCCGCGAGAAGGAGGCGGUCAUUGUCAGCCUCGUCCGGAGCAACCCGGAGGGGGAGGUAGGGUUCCUCGGGGAAAAGAGACGUCUGAACGUUGCCAUGACGCGGCCCAAGCGAUCACUGACGGUCAUUGGGGACUCAGACACGGUGCAGAGUCCGUUCUUGAAGAAGUGGAUGGCGUUUCUGGAGGAGAACGCUGACCUUAGGUAUCCGGACGUCACAACACUCGAGAUGGGUGUGUAA